CCCCCGCAAAAUUUCCCCCGAAGAAGAAGUUCACCAAAAAUGGCAGCGCAGCAACAACCCGGUGGACCGAUUCCCCAAGUUGGAAUGCAGCAAGCUGCUACACUUCAACAACAGCAGUUGAGUCAACAGCAAGAUUUCGACCCUGUUCAUCGAUUCAAAAUGCUUAUUCCACAAUUAAAAGAGAGCCUCCAGAAUGUCAUGAAGAUUGCCUCUUUAAAUUUGGGACAUAAUACAUCAAUUGACAAUGGCAUAAAGAGCAGUGAUGCCAGUGUACAGCGGUUUGACAAGAGUCUGGAAGAGUUUUAUGCCCUAUGUGAUCAGCUGGAACUCUGCUUACGGCUUGCCUACGAGUGCUUAUCCCAGAGCAUUGACAGUGCCAAGCACUCUCCUAACCUGGUCCCGACAGCAACCAAGCCUGACACCGUGCAGACAGAGUCCCUGUCCUACUCACAGUACCUCAGCAUGAUCAAGUCGCAGAUCUCCUGCGCCAAAGACAUUCAUAACGCUCUAUUGGAGUGCUCUAAGAAAAUCGCAGGAAAGGGCCAGCCACCAGGAAUCCUGUAGAAAUGGGCAUUUCAUUAUAUUAUUAUUUUUCGAAAGUUAUUUGUAUUUUUUGUUGUUGUAAUGAUUGAUAAAGACAUACAAAGUUGAUUUAACUGUUUAA